AUGAACAGCCCUUCGAAGCGCAGAAAGAAAAAUGAUGGAUCGGGACAGCCGGUGCGCGGCUUGGACUACUUCUUUGCAAAGCAAGCGGCGAAAGCGACACCCAAGCAUGCGCCUACGAAUACUGCCAGCACUGAAGCGCCCGCAGAGCAAGAUUACUCGGGACUGACGGACGAAGAGCUGGCGCGGAAACUGCAGGAGCAAUGGGACAAGGAGGACCGGGAGAGAAGCCAAAAUGCGGCGCCCGUCAGCUCAAACGAGCUGUAUGCCGAGCCCGAGGAGUCUACUGCGACCGACAAGGCGAAAGAGGUUUCACAGUCUAAAUCACCAGAUCGCGAUGAGGCUGUGGAUGAAAGACCCAAACUUGUACCCCCGACGGCGAAGAACACACUCACGCUACAAUCAACCGCCUCGGAAGAAGACACAAUAACCGCAAACAUACCGUUCGACCAGAGCCCGCUUGAGUUCGACCCCGCGGAAUACAUACCCGACCUACAAAAGCACUGGGUAGCAGAUGGAGGCCAUGCAACGUAUGCGCUGCUGACAAGAUGCUUCAUAUUGAUAAACGGCACCACGAGCCGCAUCAAGAUUAUAGACACUCUUGUCAAUCUGCUACGGACCAUCAUCGAGAGCGACGCAAGCAGCCUGCUCCCCGCCGUCUGGCUCGCCACAAACGCCAUUUCGCCUCCGUACAUCGAUCUCGAGCUCGGGCUCGGGGGCUCUGCAAUCUCAAAGGCGCUGAAGAAGGUGUGUGGACUGGACAAUGCCAGCUUGAAGGCGCUGAGCAGCAAGCAUGGAGACGCGGGCGACGUGGCGUUUGAAGCCAAAAAGAAACAGUCGUUUACGCUGCGCAAACCAAAACCGCUGACCAUCAAGAGCGUGUUUGACUCGUUGGUUCGCAUCGCGAAUAGCAGGGGUCAUGGGAGUGUGGAAAAUAAACAGCGCAUUGUAGAGAGACUGGUUCAGGAUGCACGGGGCGCAGAGGAAAGCCGGUAUAUUGUGCGGACUCUGGUUCAACAUUUGCGGAUAGGCGCCGUCAAGACAACAAUGCUGAUUGCCCUAUCCCGAGCAUUCAUGCUGUCGAAGCCCCCAGGCGCCGAGUUUGAGACCCGCGACCGCAAGGCCCUGGCGAGACUCAAGAAAGAAGAGCUAGUCGAGAUUUACAGCAGGAACGAGGAGAUUGUCAAAGCGUGCUUCGCCCGCCGCCCAAACUACAACGAUCUCAUACCCGUGCUCCUCGAGAUUGGUGUCUGUGAAGAGCUGCUUGUGCGGUGUGGACUGGCACUCCACAUUCCACUUCGCCCAAUGCUGGGUAGCAUCACACGCGACAUGGGCGAGAUGCUGACCAAGUUGCAAGGCCGAGAUUUUGCGUGUGAGUACAAGUACGACGGGCAACGGGCGCAGGUGCACUGUGACGACAAGGGCAAAGUGACCAUCUUCUCGCGGCACCUCGAAGUCAUGACGGACAAGUAUCCCGACCUGGUGGCGCUGGUACCGAGGAUCCGGGGCGAGGGCGUGUCGAGCUUUAUCCUCGAGGGCGAAGUCGUAGCCGUGGACCGCGAAACAGGAGACCUCAGACCGUUCCAGACUCUGGCCAACCGCGCGAGAAAAGACGUCGUCAUCGGCGCCGUGACGAUUGACGUGUGCCUCUUCGCGUUCGACCUCAUGUAUCUCAACGGCGAAGAACUGCUCAACCGGCCCUUCAGAGAACGCAGAUCCCUCCUCCGCAGCCUGUUCGUCGAAAUCUCGCACCACUUUACAUGGGUCAAAAGUCUCGAUGCGACGUCCGCUGACGUCGAAGCCGUGCAGGCCUUUUUCCAAGGCGCGCUCGAUACCAAAUGCGAAGGCAUCAUGGUCAAGGUCCUAGAUAACCUGCCGAAUCCCGAUCUCGUGGCCGAAAUGGGCGACGAAGCGGGCCUCGUCGAAAAGACACCCUCGCUGCCUGCUACCCCCAAGAAAAAGAAGCCUGCAAAGUCCAAAGCGAAGCCCAAAUCUGCGGAUCCAGAUAAAGACGAUCAGAAGCCCUCUUCUGGACGCCGCAAAGCCCUGCUUUCAACGUACGAACCCGACAAGCGCCUCGACUCGUGGCUCAAGGUGAAGAAAGACUACAGCACCACAUCGGAAACCCUCGAUCUCAUUCCCAUCGCAGCGUUCCACGGCUCCGGCCGCAAAGCAGCAUGGUGGUCCCCGAUCCUGCUCGCCAUCCGCAAUGCCGAAACAGGGCAGCUGGAAGCAGUCACAAAAUGCAUGUCUGGCUUCACGGAUGCUUUCUACAAAGCCAACCGCGCAAAGUACGACCCUGAUGACCCGGAUUGCACUUCCGUUUUGCCGCGUCAGCCGCACUAUGUGGAGUAUAAUGGUGGGGCGGGCACCCCGGCUGUGUGGUUUGAACCACAGGAGGUCUGGGAGGUGGCGUUUGCGGAUUUGACCCUGAGUCCGACGUAUACGGCGGCGAUUGGGCUGGUGAGUGAGGAGCGAGGGCUGAGUACGAGGUUCCCGCGGUUUCUGAGAGUGCGGGAGGAUAAGAGCAUCGAAGAGGCCACGGAGGCGGAAGAACUGGCGAGCUUGUAUAGGAAGCAGGAGGCAAAGGCGCCGAACAAGGACGAAGUGAUGAAAGAGGUCGAGGAUGAAGACUUGGAGUAG